AUGGCGUGGCAAGCUACUCGCGCAUGGAAAUCGCCACCCGUUAAUCAACCCAAGGAUGACUCAAGCUUCCCUGGGCUCAAGCCCACCAGCCCAGAGGCUACCAACAAAAUUGAAUAUGAGGAGCUCCAGCAGAACGAACUGCUGGCCCUAGAAGCUAUUUAUGGAGAAGACUUUGUUCAACAUAGCAGCACUCACAGUGCCUGGCAAAAAGCAGAACCAUGCUUCGACAUACGCAUCAAAGCUCCGACGGACGAAGACUUUGCAAUCACCAUAGGAUUCGUUCUAAAUGCUACAUAUCCUAAGACCCCCCCUAUCAUUACCAUAAAGGAGCAAGGAUUCCUCCGCGAGUCGACACAGUUCAAGAUCCAAAAGUUUAUCGAGACACAACCCAAAGUCUUUGCCAAAGAUGAGCAAGAGAUGGUUGACCAAAUUGUCGAAGGUAUCCGCGAAAUCCUCGAGGAGGCUGCCCAAGCAAAGGUUGCGGGUAAAAACCUUCCUUCCCUCGAAGAAGAGCGCGAACGCCACGAGGCCGACGCCGCUAAAGCUGCUCAGCGGCAAAAGGAAGAAGAGGAUCGCAAGCAAAAGGAAGUGACAAAAGAAGAAGAGAGGGUUAUUGCUGAAAUGCUUCAGCAGCAGCUGGAUCGCCAACGUCAAAAAGCAAAGGAGUCUCGCCAGAGUCGCCGCCCUAACGGUGCCAGUCAGCUGCCAAGUGCACCGACUACCGAAGCUCUCGACGAUCGUAUCGACUUUGACCAAUUCUGCAAUUCUGUCGACAAAUCUGGAAAUCAGAUUAUAUUCCGAUCCGUGACAGCAAAAUGCGACGAGCGCCACGGCAAAGUGUCGGCUGUCUAUACUGUCCGGCCGGUUGUACCUAGUGGAGUUUGUAAUCAGACGCUUGCGUUGAAAGAAGCUACCCUGAAAUCUUCUGGUAAGGAAUCUCAGGAUUUCAGAAAGCAACUGCAAUCUCUGGAAUCGCGUCUCCAAGACUUGAAAACCACCAAAAGGAUUGUCCAUAGGCAGAUUGUCGAGAUUCUAGAUUUCAAGGUCCAGGGUGGGAUGCCUUCCGACCCUUCUGCGAGCAACGCGUGGACAGUUAGAAUUCUGAUGCCACUCGCUGAAAAGGGCCCUCUGGAGGAACUGCUGGAGCUGGCCGGAAACCUUGAAGUGAGCAAGGUCAAGUCUUGGACGCGAGAUUUACUCGAUGCCCUCAAUUACCUGCACAAUAAGAACAUUGCACACCAGUGUAUUCAUGCUGGAAAUAUUCUAUUAUUCAGAGAAUCCACUGGCGAGAUAGUUCCGAAAAUCGCUGAUGGAUGGUACCAGCGCGAGAUUCACACAUUGUGUGAGCAGAAACAAGGUCCGCCGGGCGUCAACUCUGCCAAGUCUGCGUACUGGCUUCCACCAGAAAUUGCUGCCGCAUCCAAGCCUGUCUAUACGUUCAAAACGGAUAUUUGGGACUUUGGUAUCGUCUUUGUGCAGAUGAUCUUUGGACUUGACAUACUGCGCAAAUACUCGUCGCCGAAGAACUUGAUGGAAUCUCUCUUUCUCUCACAGCCUCUGCAGGAGCUUGUCGGGCGAUUCUUCAAAGAGGACAAACAAAAGCGUCCGCGUGCCUUUGAGCUUGGUUCUAGCGAGUUUCUCGCAACUGACGCCCCGGUUCUCUUUGACGACUCCUCAGCUGUCAUCUCAAGUGUGCCAUCCCUUACUUCUCUGCAAGCCCCACCGAUGCGCUUGCGACGUGACUCGCAUAACAGAGGAGCUGCGAUAUCGAGAUACACGGAAGAUUUUGUAGAAGAAGGUCGUCUCGGAAAAGGCGGCUUUGGUGAGGUCGUGAAGGCUAGGAAGAAACUCGAUGGGCAGAUUUAUGCCAUCAAGAAGAUCACUCAGCGCUCACACACCUCAUUGACAGAGAUUCUCAAAGAAGUUCGACUGCUCUCCCAACUCAGUCACCCUGCCGUGGUGAGAUACUACAAUACUUGGGUCGAAGAGGUUGCCGACUUCACCGACACUGAGGGAGAGACAUCGGCAGAUGACUAUACCGCAGAAACCCGUGAGACUGAAUCCAAUGGUCUGGAGAUACAAUUUGCCACAAGCACUGGAGGACUAGAUUUCAUGUCAUCCAAUGCACACAUCGAAUUCGAGUACUCUGAGAGCAGUGACGAAGAUGGAGACGAAGAUGAGACUGAGGGCGACGACGACAGCUCUGCAUCUGACGAUGAGGACGCGCACAAUCCUGGCUCACCUGUUAAGGCAAGGCAAGCCGCCCAGAUGCGUCGAGCAAGGUUUCAGAAGCCAUAUCGAACGAUUCUUUACAUUUCGAUGGAGUACUGCGAGAAACGAACACUGCGUGAUUUGAUUUCGCGCAACUUGUAUCAAAAUACUACUGAGAUUUGGCGGCUGUUUCGCCAGGUUCUGGAAGGACUAGCCCAUAUUCACGGACUAAGCAUUGUCCAUCGCGAUCUCAAGCCGGAAAAUAUUUUCAUCAGUAGCAGCGCCGAUGGUAUCGACAAUGUCAAGAUCGGUGACUUUGGCCUUGCCACCAGUGGCCAGUUCUCAAUUGACAAAGCCGCUGCUGCCGGACAUUUGGAAACAGAUGACAUGACGAGAAGCAUUGGUACUGCGUACUAUUCCGCCCCAGAAGUUCGAUCUGCGGCGCAUGGUAUGUAUAGUACUAAAGUCGACAUGUACUCGCUGGGAAUCAUUUUCUUCGAAAUGUGCUACCAACCCAUGAUGGGCAUGCAAAAGGCUGAUGUCAUUGGGCAAUUGCGACGACAAAAGCCAAUCUUGCCAAAGGACUUCAAAGCUGCUGAAAAGUCAAUGACGGAAAUAAUUCUGUCCCUGGUCAACCACAAUCCAAAAGAGCGACCUUACAGCGCCGAGCUACUGAAGAGCGGCAAGCUUCCAGUGCAAAUGGAGAGCGAAACAAUUCGGCGUACUUUGGCGGGCCUGGCAGACCCAAAUUCCCCAUACUAUCGCAAAAUGCUGUCGACGCUGUUUACUCAUCCUGUCGAAGCCACCAAAGAUUACGCUUGGGACAUGUUCGCGAACGCACCGACAGCAUCCGAGCUCAUAAUAAGACACACUGUCAAGGCACAAUUGACCUCCAUCUUUCGCCGCCACGGUGCAGUCGAGGCAACUCGUGGUGCCAUCUAUCCAAGGUCCUCUCAAUAUGGAGACAACGUCGUGCAGCUUCUUGACCAAAACGGCACAGUGUUGCAGCUCCCAUACGAUCUAAUGAUGGGGCAUGCAAGAAUGCUAGCCAAGAAUUCUAGUGGACCAAUAGUGCCGAAAACAUUCGCGUUUGGUAGUGUCUUCCGCGAUAAGCAAGAUACAGGACAGCCGCAGAUGUUUGGUGAGGUCGAUUUCGACAUAGUGAGCACUGAUGCUCUGGAUUUGGCCUUGAAGGAAGCAGAGGUAUUGAAAAUCAUCGACGAGAUUCUCGUCGCCUUCCCAUCUCUGUCGGCAACUCCCAUGAGCUUUUAUCUUGGCCACUCCGAUCUUCUGCAGUUGAUUUAUGAGCAUUGUGGCAUCGAACCGGCUAAUCGCCGUGCGACUUCGGAUGUUCUUAGUCGGCUCAACAUUCACAACUUUACGUGGCAAAAGAUUCGAAUGGAGCUUCGGUCCCCUGCCGUGGGUCUUUCUGCCACCAGUGUUGACGAACUCCAGCAAUUCGACUUCAGAGAUACACCGAACAAAACAUUUGCGAAGCUGAAAAAGCUUUUCGAGGGCACAGAUAUCUAUCAAAGAGCCUCGCCGACCAUUGCCCACCUGAAGGAAGUAGCUGAGUAUGCAAAGCGCUUUGGUGUGAGAACGAAGAUUUACAUUAGUCCACUUAAUAGUUUGAAAGAAAACUUCUACAAUGGCGGACUGAUGUUCUCGUGUCUCUACACCAAGAAAGUCAGGGACGUGUUCGCUGCCGGGGGUCGUUACGAUGCGCUGAUUAAAGAGCAGCGGCCGAAAAUGGGCGGCAAUUUUGACGAGCGCCACGCCGUGGGAUUUAGCAUUGCCUGGGAGCGUCUCGCUCGAAUCCCCAAAGCGGGCGGCAAAGCGUUUCUCAAGAAAGGGGAAGAUGACUCAAACAGCCUAGCCAGCCCCAAACGUUGCGACAUUCUCGUCGCAAGCUUCGACCCGGCCAUGUUGCGAUCGUCUGGCGUCGAGCUGCUUCAGACACUGUGGGCUCUGGACAUUAGUGCCGAACUCGCCAAAGACUCGCGCUCGCCGGAAGACUUGCUUCAGAAGCACAGAGACGAUAAUUACUCAUGGAUCAUAAUCCUCAAGCCCGAAUCCAUGCUCAAAAUCAAGUCGCUGUUGCGGAAGGACGUUGCCGAUAUCGACAUUCCCUCUACACAGCUACCGGCAUGGCUGCGCACUGAACUCCACAAACGUGACACCAAGGGGAGCGGUGGAAGCAGCAGCCGCAAGAGCAUCGCCGCCGCGCAGAGCGAGGGUACAUCCGGCGCCGCUGUCGAGAGGGAGCGCGAGCAGGACGUCAAGGUACUCGUCGCGCAGACGCGCAGCAAAAAGUUCAACCGCCGCACCGUCGUCGAGCAGGCGCAAGUGACAGCCGCGAACUUGGUGACGUCCUUCCUCGAUGGCCCCAUCCUCGCAGUCGAGACGACGGAGCAGGUUAUGGCGUUGAUUAGCGGCACGCGGCUGUCAGAUCCGGAGAGCUGGCGAAGGGUCGAUCACAGCGUCACGACGACGGAGAAGAAGUACGUGCGUGACGUACACGAUCAGCUCGACGCAUGGAGGUUUGCGUUUGAUCGCAACGACGGCACGAGGCACUCGUUUCUGUACAACUUUCGAACGGGAACGUGUCUCUAUUAUGACUUGGCGGCGUAA